CAAAUUCAACUCAUAUCUCAAAGCACCACUGCUGCAUCACCUCUCACAUUACAGUCCUACUGAAGCAUCCGCCGUACGUAUCCCCGAGCGACAAAUGAUCAAAUGCCCUGGAAGCGUGGAAACCACCCCUUUCUCCUACUCCUGACUCCUCCCCCUACUGCUUUUGCCCCUCCCCCUGCUCGUGUGACGUCACGGCCGUUUAAAGCUGCUCCUCGAGCGCAUCCGCCGGCCGCUCGCCGCACGCCCGCUCUUCUCCGCCAAUGCUUCUUCACACCGUUUCUGACUCGGGUGUGAGUCCCACGCGUGGGGAGCACCGCCAACGCAAGUGGGGAUCGCCGCUUCCCCGCCAGCCUCUGCUCAUCAAGGAAGGAGACCCAAGAGGAACCAUUGCCCGGCGAUGAACGCCUCGUCGUUGUCGGCCAACGACUCUGAGUCGUUUUGGGCGGACGCGGAUCGCAACGCCACGCCGGCGUCGUGGUCCGAGGACGCCCCCGCGCCCUUCGCCGUCAACCCCUGGGACAUCAUGCUGUGCAUGUCGGGCACGGCCAUCGCCUGCGAGAACGCCAUCGUGGUGGCCAUCAUCUUCUACACGCCGGCGCUCAGGACUCCCAUGUUCGUGCUGGUGGGCAGCCUGGCCACGGCCGACCUGCUGGCGGGCGUGGGCCUCAUCCUCAACUUCGUCUUUCGUUACGUGGUCUCCUCGGAGACUGUCAGCCUGCUGACGGUGGGCUUCUUAGUGGCGUCCUUCGCCGCCUCCAUCAUCAGCUUGCUGGCCAUCACGGUGGACCGCUACUUCUCGCUGUACAACGCCCUCACGUACUUCUCGGAGAAGACUUUGCGCUCGGUGCACGUGAUGCUGCUGGCCACCUGGGGCGUGUCGCUGCUGCUGGGGCUGCUGCCCGUGCUGGGCUGGAACUGCCUGGACCGGCCGGAGACGUGCAGCGUGGUGCGACCGCUGACGCGCGGCAACAUCACGCUAUUGGCCGCCGCCUUUUUCGUCAUCUUCGCGCUCAUGCUGACGCUCUACUUCAAGAUCUGCAAGAUCGUGUGCCGCCACGCGCACCAGAUCGCCCUGCAGCAGCACUUCUUCGCCACCUCGCACUACGUAGCCACUAAAAAGGGCGUGUCCACCCUGGCUAUUAUCUUGGGGACCUUCGGCGCUAGCUGGUUGCCCUUCGCCAUCUACUGCCUGGUGGGCGAACGGGACUACCCGUCGGUGUACACGUACGCCACGUUGCUGCCCGCCACCUACAACUCCAUGAUCAACCCCAUCAUCUACGCCUACAGGAACGCCGAGAUCCAGCGUUCCAUCUACAUGCUACUGUGCGGCUGCUUUCGAGCCAACGCCGCCUACCGCUCAAGGUCGCCUAGCGAGGUUUGAAGCCAGAACAAAAAAGUGUCGCGCGGGACUCCUAGCGGCGCCGGCUAGCUAGUCUGUCGGCGGAACCGCUCUUAAAAACUGAAACGGUACCAGAGAAAAGGAUGCUACGGUCGCAGAAUUUUGAGAUUAAAGUCGUAAUGUUAAAAGAAAUCAUCAUUUCGGAUGGUAAAAUUAUAAUAGUACGAGAUGGGCAUUGUAAAAUUAGGAGAUGAUUGUCAAGAUGCUACAAAAUUCUAAUAUUUUCCACACUAUAAGGCGCAUUGGAGUAUAAGGCGCACAUUCAAUUACCAUAAUUUUCGCUGCAUAAGGCGCACCUGACUAUAAGCCACCACCCAGCAAAUUUGGCAGGAAAAUUUGUUCAUAGAUAAGCCCAUAAGCGGAGUUUAAGGGUGGCCACCGGUGGCCGAAUAGUGUCAUUGCAUGUAAUUGACUUCCCUAUAUAUAUAAAAGUUGUAUAUAAAAUACAUAAAGCAAACAACAAAAAUGAAUGACGUGAACAAAAAGAUAUUUUUUAUAAUGGGUCAAAAUAAUUUUUCAAACAGAUCACGUGACGAGCAUCUUAGACGGUCAUUUGCUUUGCAUAUUAUUUAAAAAAAAAAAAAAAAUUAGAAAAAAUUAAAAUAUUAAUUUUAUUUUUCUGAUUUUUUGGGGGGGGUGAAUUGAAUGAUUUAGACACAAAUGUCACACAAAAAGGAUUGCUAAAAUCAAAGAAAAAACUUUUAAUUAAAAAUUAAGUGUUCAAAUGCAAAUAUUUGCAUCUCAAAUAUUUUUUCACAUUCAAAAACUUUUUCUAUGAUUGAAAUUUUCUUUUUUUUUUUUUUUUGGAUUGAAGUGAUUUUUCUUUUGAAAAUUUAUAGUUUUUUGUUUGAAGCAACUUAUUUUUUCAUUGAAUAAUAAAGACACACGUCCUAGCCAAACUGUGGCCCAAAUACAAAACAACAUUAUUUCAAUCAAAUAAGUUACUUCAACCCAAAAAAUUGACUUCAAUCUAAAAAAAAAAAAAAAAAAAUCCAAAGAA